AAGUGUUUCAGUGGCGACGACAGGAGAAGCGAACCACCAGGAGAAUACCAAAGGAAAUCGGCCGGGACAAAAUUUGAAAGAAAGAGGAAAGGAAAAUCAAGAUUGGAAGUAGGAAAACUCGAAGUGGCAAAGUACGGAGGGGAAAUUCUCGACUGCGAAAUUCUGCAAUCAGAAGCCAGCAAGUCAAAAACAAAUCUAUCGCAAACUCUACAAUGUCUAAGGUAAAAAGUGCAACAAUAUCUAAUUUGGCAAAAAUUGAUUGGUGUUUGGCUGACUUUGAAGUUGUGUUAAUGUGUGAUUGGGGCUAUUAUGGAUAGUUAUGGGAAUUUUAAGACGUAGACUAAAGCGAAGGAGACUACGUGUCUUAGACCGCUGAGAAAUAAGACUUUCUCUUUGGAAAGUCAAGAAUUUCCAAAUACAGGAGAUUUUAUGUCUCAGCCUAUUUGGAAAAAGAAAGGAAUAGGAAUGUAGGGAACACUACGAGUGAUUCCAGACCACUUCCAAUCCAAAUACAGGGGAUACAGAGAUAUCUUAGUCUAUUUGGAUGAAGAAAUGUAGGAGACGCUACGGGUGGUCUCAGUCCAUUUCAUAUUCAAAUAUAGGAAAACAUUAUUUCAGUCUAUUUGGAUGAUUUAAACGAUGAAGAAAUGUAGGGAUUUGCAAGGAAAAAUCCAGUCCAUUUCUGUACGUUGGGAAAAGAUUGACGUAGAGGAAAAUUUUCACUGUUUGUUACCAUAGUAACCUAAAAGAAAGAAAUCACCAGAGCCUUCAAUUCAGCUGAAUGACCAAUCAAUUGGAAAAACAGUUAAACUGAGAGAAACUAAAUCAAGGAAAAAUGAUUUCAUUUCUAGCUGAACUUCAAUAUUUCUCCAUUUGUUGAGGCCGGUGAUGGAUCCGUGAGCUCUCGAUGGGAAGAGUGGAAGGAGCAAUUUGUGGCAUAUCUUUUGCUAAAAGAAGUUGAUAACCACAAUGAGAUGUACAAGGCUCUCAUGUGCUUCGGAGGUGCAGAUGUACGGAAAAUCGCGAAAACGGUUUCAGUGAAAGAUGACAGCGUGAUGGAUAACCCAUACCGGGCAGCGAUUGAUGCUCUCGAUAAUUAUUAUUCACCCCGCAUGUCGCUACGGUAUGAGCGAUUUAAAUUCCGGCAGCUGCAAUUCAAUCCAAAAGAGAAGCUCGACCAGUUCCUAAUUCGGUUGCGGACGCAAGCGGAGCUUUGCAACUUUGGAGAGCAAACGGAGAAUAUGAUCAUGGAUCAAAUUGUGUGUGCUACGCAGCACGAUGACAAGCUCAGGGCGAAGUACCUUGAAGCUGAUACUUCUCUUGACGAUAUGCUAAAGAUUGGUCGAACAUACGAAUCAGUCAACAAACAGGUGCAAGAAUUCCGAAACACAUCCAGCGAACCUUCAGAACUAAACAUCAUGAAUCGUGCGUCCAGUGUAUCAACCAAAUCCUCAAGUCAGAACUGCUCAAGAUGUCUCCGAAACCACCAUUCAACCGAUCCGUCCUGUCCUGCGAAAACAUCGAGGUGCAACAAGUGCAACAGAAUUGGACAUUUCGCACGCUGUUGUAAAGGAACUUGGAAAAGCCGUGUUACCAAAGUGAAGACCGUCAACAACGAUAGAGGCCUGGAGUUGGAGAGGAAGCCAAAGUUCAUACGGGAGAUCGACGAUAUCACGAAGGAUGUAGAAAUACGCGAAUUGUUCCACUUGGAGGGUAAACGUACUGUAGCUGCUGUUGUUGGUGGCGUCAAUCUCCGUUUCAUCGUCGAUACCGGAGCAGAUGAAGAUGUUCUGGGUAUUCAGGAUUGGAAUACAUUGAAACGAACGGGAUUCAAGGCUUUCGCUAUCAAGAAGGGCAGCGAUAAAAUCUUCCGAGCAUAUGGCACAAGGACUCCGUUGGUCGUACUUGGUGAAGUUGAAGCAGAAGUGGAAAUCGGUGGAACAUCGUGUAUUACAAGUCUGAGAUCCAGGGUAUUACAAAUAGCUCAUGAAGGUCAUCCAGGAGUAAGAAUGAUGAAGAGCCAUCUGAGAACCAACGUGUGGUGGCCUCGAAUGGAUCAAGACGUCGAGAAUUUCGUGAAACAGUGUAAAGGAUGUACGUUGGUAUCGGCUCCAAACCCACCAGAACCUAUGAUUCGACGGGAACUCCCAGAUCAGCCAUGGAAAGAUAUUGCAGCUGAUUUCCUUGGUCCGUUACCGGAGGGGCAAUAUUUGUUGGUUGUAGUAGACUAUUACAGCCGCUUUAUAGAAGUUUGCGAGAUGAAUGUGAUAACAGCUGCUGAGACCAUCAAAGAACUUGCCAUCAUAUUCAGUCGGUAUGGGCUUCCUUCAACUUUGCGUGUUGACAAUGGCCCACAAUUCAGCUCAAAAUGUGAAGAAUUCAAGGAUUUUUGUGAAAGUAACGGGAUUGCCUUAGUAAAUACAAUACCGUUUUGGCCUGCCAUGAACGGCGAAGUGGAACGCCAAAACAGGUCGUUGCUGAAAAGGAUGCGAAUUGCUCAAGAAUUGGGAAAGGACUGGAGAGCAGAAAUGCGGAAGUAUCUGCUCACAUAUCAUGCAACGAGUCAUAGUACCACCGGAAAGUCUCCUGCUGAAUUGAUGUUUGGCAGAAAAAAUUCGUAGCAAGCUACCCCAAGUUGAAUCUGUCAACUUAAACGACGAAGAAGUACGUGAUCGAGAUGCAGUAUCCAAGGAAAAAGGAAGAGUUUAUGCAGAUUCAAAACGGAGAGCAAAGGAAAGUGAUAUUAGCAUAGGAGACCGCGUUGUAAGCAAAAGAAUGAAGAAGAAUAACAAGUUAGAAGCAGAUUUUUCUGCAGAGGAAUUUGAAGUUAUUAAAAAGGUAGGAGGGGAUGUAACAGUUAAGUCGUUGGAAACAGGAAAAGAAUACAGACGAAAUGUAGCUCAUUUGAAAAGGAUCGAAAAUAACACAGGGCCACAUGAGCGCGAAGGAAUCCGUGAAAAACGUGUUAGGGUAGAACCUGCAAGAUUCAAAGAUUUCAUCCCACAUUAACGAAAUAGAAGCUAAGGGGGGUUGUAGGGUCUACCCUAUAGCAUUAAGAGACAGCAUCGAAGUAGGCACAGUUGGGAAGAGAGAGGAUUGAUGGUCAGCGACCGACAGAGUGUAGACGUGUGAAGUAGAGCUCGAAAGUAAAGUGGUGGAAAAUAUAUUGAAGUAUUAUUCAAGAAGUUUGGACAUUAAUAAAGAAUAAGUGUGAUAUCCGAAUAU